GUGAUCAAUGGUCAGUCGUCGGUCACCACUGUUCAACAAACUAUCACACUUGCAACAACCAAAGCAGCUGAAACAGAUCGCAAUCGCACGAAACGGCUGAUAAUAAUAAUAUUAUCACAUCGUCCGCCACCUGUUAGCACGAUGAAGGGUUUGUUGUACGCGGUUUGCGCGCUCGGUUUGUGCGCUCACGCGUUCGCCGGCGAAGAAGCAAAGAAGGCAGAGGAACCUAAGGCAGCGGUGGCUGCAGACUCCAGCAAGGGCAAGAGGCAUCUCUCGUCAUUCGGUUACGGCGGUUAUGAAUUGGACGGCGGUUACGAAUCAUACGGCAGCGCCGGUUACGGAARCGCCGCUUACGGUUACGCCGCUCAUGACAUCGGUUACCACGGUCACGGUCAAUUGUUGUCCAAGACCAUCGUCAAGGAAGUYGGACACCCAUACCCCGUGCCCGUCGAGAAACACGUGCCAUACCCCGUCAAGGUAGCAGUGCCCGUUGACCGCCCGUACCCAGUCCAUGUACCGCGCCCAUACGCCGUGCACGUCGAGAAACCCGUGCCAUACGCAGUCAAAGUGCCCGUGCCACAGCCGUACGCCGUCUACAAGGAGGUACCRUACCCAGUCAAGGUGCCAGUCGACAGGCCAUACACCGUCCAUGUGCCAAAGCCGUACCAAGUGGUCGUCGAGAAGCACGUUCCAUACCCAGUAGAGAAGCACGUCCCAUACCCARUCAAGGUUCCAGUUGACCGCCCAUACCCAGUCCACGUACCCGUCGAGAAGCACGUCCCGUACCCAGUCGAGAAGCACGUCCCAUACCCAGUCCACGUACCCGUCGACCGCCCGUACCCAGUGACAGUCGAGAAGCACGUCCCAUACCCAGUCGACAAGCCCGUCCCAUACCCAGUCGAAAAGCACGUACCAUACCCAGUCAAGGUGCCCGUCAAGGUCGAAGUGCCAGUACCAUACGAAGUUCCAAGCCACGAUGAAUACCACGGUAGCAACGCAUACGAAAGCAGCUCAUAUGGAAACUCUUACGGACCAUCAUACAGCAGCUCUUCAUACAGUAACUCUUACGGACCAUCAUCCUACAGCAGUGCCUCUUACGGACCAUCUCACGGAUCGUCAUCCUACGGAUCGUCUCACGGCAGCUCUGCACCAAAAAUUCGAGACGAUGGGAUAAUUAAUAAAAUAUUGGACGGAUCGCCGAAAGGUAUGUCAUCGGAACGACAACAACAACAACGGAGCAGCAGCAGUAACAACAAUAACAAAGUAGGUCUGUCCGUCGUCGAUCGCUGCGCGGCGGGGCGGGGUGGGAGCKAAAAACCGGCCUCCGCACCGGGUCGGUGGCGGUGGUGGUGGCGCGGCGAUUCGCUACAUAACCGUCGAACGCCGACGGUCAGGCAACACUCACGUCCAGUCCGGUUUGCCGAGACGAGUACCUGCUGCUAUAACCGCCACGAUCAACAAUUCAAGCACACGACCACCACGAUGAGAUCRACUUUGUUCGCGGUGUGCGUAUUAGCGCUUUGCGCGCACUGUCUGGCCGCAGACGACAAGUCGGCCAAGAAGACUGCGGAUGACAGCAAGACCCAGGGUAAGAGGAGUCUGUUCGACACCGGCUACGGUUUCGGCGGCGCGUCUGUCGACAGUUACGGUCACUCCGACAUCCUGUCCGCGGGUUACGGACACGGACUCAUCUCAGCCGGCGGUUACGGAGCCGGAUACGCUGACUUCGGCGGACACGACUCAUUCGCGACAUACGGUGCACCUCAGGUAUACCAACAACACGUUCCAGUAAAGACCAUCACCAAGAGCGUUGCUCUGCCAUACCCAGUUGAGGUAGCCAAGCCAUACCCAUACCCCGUCAAGGUAGCAGUUCCAGUCGACCGCCCAUACGCCGUGGAUGUGCCACAACCAUACGCCGUGCACGUYGCCAAACCCUACCCAGUCAAGGUGCCCGUGGCACAGCCAUACCCAGUCGUCAAGGAGGUUCCAGUACCCGUCAAGGUUCCCGUAGAUCGCCCAUACCCAGUGCACGUAGACAAGCCGUACCCAGUUUACGUCGAGAAGCAAGUGCCAUACCCAGUAGAGAAGGCCGUCCACUACCCAGUCAAGGUGCCCGUUGACCGYCCCUACCCAGUGCACGUACCAGUCGAGAAGAUUGUACCAUACCCAGUCGAAAAGGCAGUCCACUACCCAGUCAAGGUUCCCGUUGACCGYCCAUACCCAGUGCCAGUGGAGAAACACAUUCCAUACCCAGUCGAGAGACCAGUGCCGUACCCAGUCGAGAAGCAAAUUCCGUAUCCCGUCAAAGUGCCAUACAAAGUGGCCGUUGCCGUGCCAUACCCGGUCAAGGCGUACCAACCCGACCACUACGAACACCACGACUACCAUCACGGCAGCUCCGGAUACUAAUAUGACUCCAUUGUAAGCAGCUAGUCUACCCCUCCCCCUCACACACACAUACAACCCCAUCUCAUCACCACAAGUUACCAGAUAUUAACUCGCGCGUAAUAUAUAAUAUAAUAAUGCCAUCGUUCUUUUAUUUAAUUUUCGUCGAGCCAAAUCAAAUUCGUCAUCAGAUAAAAUAUAUUCAUCAGUUGGCGCGUGUCUUAUAAUCAAAAAAAAAAAAAAAUUAUCAUACCGUAGGUACC